AUGUCGAAGCUAGACCUGGAUGAGGCGAACUCAAUGCAUAAAGACAUAGUUCAUGGGCCUUUCUUGGUGGAAAACAUGGUGUGCCAAAAAAACCACAUGUUGACCUCAAAAGGUAUUUUCUUAGGCAGUGACCCUCUCAAAUACGCAAUGCCACUAAUGUUGCUGCAAAUGGCCACCAUUAUCAUCACCUCAAGGAUUCUCUACCGCCUUCUCAAGCCCUUGAAGCAAGGCAUGAUCUCUGCCCAAGUCUUGGCUGGUAUAAUCCUGGGACCGUCUCUCCUUGGCCAAACCGAUGGAUACAUGCAGAUGUUCAUCCCCAUUAAUGGAAAAAUCACUAUACAAACGCUCUCAAACCUUGGUUUCUUCAUCCAUCUCUUCCUACUCGGACUAAAAAUCGAUGCUAGCAUCAUUCGUAAAGCUGGUUCCAAAGCCAUACUCAUUGGUACAGCCUCCUACGCCUUCCCAUUCUCCCUCGGUAACCUCACUGUCCUCUUCUUGAAAAACACAUACAAGCUCCCACCAGAUGUUGUCCAUUGCAUCAGCACAGUGAUCUCCCUCAAUGCAAUGACUUCAUUCCCGGUCACCACAACAGUCUUAGCCGAACUUAACAUCCUUAACUCUGAUCUUGGACGGUUAGCCACAAACUGCUCCAUUGUUUGCGAGGCCUUUAGCUGGAUUGUAGCACUCGUUUUCAGAAUGUUCUUGCGGGAUGGGACACUAGCUAGCGUUUGGUCUUUCAUUUGGGUCUCUAUUCUUAUCUUCGUGAUUUUCGUCGUCUGUAGACCGAUCAUCAUUUGGCUAACAGAGAGAAGAAGUGUUUCUAUCGAUAAAACAGGUGAGAUUCCAUUCUUCCCAAUCAUAAUGAUCUUGUUGGCAGUAAGCUUGACUUCCGAAGUUCUUGGGGUCCAUGCGGCGUUUGGAGCGUUCUGGCUUGGAGUAUCUCUCCCAGAUGGACCUCCAUUAGGGACCGGGCUCUCGACAAAGCUUGAUAUGUUUGCAACUAGCCUUAUGCUCCCUUGUUUCAUCGCCAUUAGUGGAUUGCAGACCAAUUUUUUUGUGCUUGGAGAGAGCCACGUGAAGAUCAUUGAGGCUGUUAUACUCAUCACCUAUGGCUGCAAAUUCGUCGGAACAGCAGCCGCUUCCGCUUAUUGUAACAUAAAAAUUGGAGACGCAUUUUCUUUGGCCCUAUUGAUGUGUUGCCAAGGAGUCAUUGAGAUUUACACAUGCGUCAUGUGGAGAGACGAAAAGGUUCUAAACACUGAAUGUUUCAAUCUCCUUAUCAUCACGAUCUUGCUUGUGACUGGCAUUUCGCGGUUCCUCGUUGUUUGCCUCUACGACCCAUCGAAGCGCUAUAGAAGCAAGAGCAAGCGAACGAUCCUCAAUACUAGACAACGAAAUCUUCAGUUCCGGCUCCUGCUUUGCGUCUACAACGUCGAAAACGUACCUUCCAUGGUUAAUCUUCUAGAAGCUUCUUACCCGAGUCGGUUCAGCCCGAUCUCUGUCUUCACGCUACACCUCGUCGAGCUUAAAGGUAGAGCGCAUGCUGUGCUCGUACCGCAUCACCAGAUGAACAAACUUGAUCCCAACACUCUACAAUCGACUCACAUUGUCAACGGUUUCCAACGUUUCGAACAACAUAACCAAGGAACCCUAAUGGCUCAACAUUUCACAGCUGCAGCUCCAUUCUCUAGCAUCAACGAUGACAUUUGCACUCUUGCCCUUGACAAGAAAGCAACGCUCAUUGUCAUCCCAUUCCACAAACAGUACGCUAUAGAUGGUACGGUGGAUCACGUAAACCCUGCAAUACGUACCAUAAACCUUAACGUUCUAGACAAGGCACCUUGCUCGGUUGGAAUAUUCAUCGACCGAGGUGAGACAGAAGGCCGUCGUUCAGUCCUCAUGAGCUACACGUGGCGAAACGUUGCAGUGAUCUUCAUCGAAGGCCGAGACGACGCAGAAGCCCUAGCGUUCUCCAUGAGAAUCGCUGAACACCCGGAAGUGAACGUCACGAUGAUACAUUUCCGGCACAAGAACUCCCUCCACCAGAACCUCCCAGUAGAUGAGGAAUCUGAAUACUCGGAGUCUCAUUUGAUAAACGAUUUCAAGAGUUUCGCGAUGAACAAACCAAAAGUCAGUUAUAGAGAAGAGAUAGUAAGAGAUGGCGUGGAAACCACGCAAGUGAUUAGCGGACUUGGAGACUCAUACGAUCUUGUGAUUGUGGGUCGUGACCAUGACCUUGAAUCGUCCGUACUGUAUGGGCUUACAGAUUGGAGUGAGUGCCCUGAGCUAGGUGUCAUCGGAGACAUGUUUGCGUCGUCGGAUUUUCAUUUUUCAGUACUAGUGAUUCAUCAGCAAGAAGGAGAGUCCUUAGCAAUGGACAAUAGCUAUAAAUUGCCAGUUUCACCUCCUAGGGCUGGGGAUCCAAGAGUUCACCCACGUUUCUCUGUUGAAGAAGGGUUUUCUUCGGUUGAUCUUCACAACAACCGUUAA